GCUGUGAUGACGCCACGACGCUGACGCCUGAGGAUGGCUGCGGCGGCGGCGGUGGCGGUGGCCGGGGCUGUGUCCGCGGCCCGGAGAGGGUCAACACAGUCGCCCAGACGCCGAAGACCCCGCCGCCCGCGCGAGGUGUAGACGGGGCACUGCCUGCAGAGCAGGUUCUGCCAGCCUCGCUAGAGAGGAUGCCCCCGUGUCCGUGAUGGGCUGUGGGACAAGCAAGGUCCUUCCCGAGCCGCCCAAGGAUGUCCAGCUGGAUCUGGUCAAGAAGGUGGAGCCCUUCAGUGGCACUAAGAGCGAUGUGUACAAGCACUUCAUUACAGAGGUGGACAGUGUUGGCCCUCUCAAAGCUGGGUUCCCAGAAGCCAGUCAGGGUGCAAACCCCUGCCCUGGUGCCCCCACCACCGGCCACACAGAACCUCCCUCAGAACCACCACGCAGGGCCAGGGUGGCUAAGUACAGGGCCAAGUUCGACCCACGUGUGACGGCCAAGUACGACAUCAAAGCCCUGAUUGGCCGAGGCAGCUUCAGCCGAGUGGUGCGUGUGGAGCACCGGGCAACCCGGCAGCCAUAUGCCAUUAAGAUGAUUGAGACCAAGUACCGGGAGGGGCGGGAGGUGUGUGAGUCGGAGCUGCGUGUGCUGCGCCGGGUGCGCCAUGCCAACAUCAUCCAGCUGGUGGAGGUGUUUGAGACACAGGAGCGCGUGUACAUGGUGAUGGAGCUGGCCACUGGUGGAGAGCUCUUUGACCGCAUCAUCGCCAAGGGUUCUUUCACUGAGCGUGACGCCACUCGAGUGCUGCAGAUGGUACUGGAUGGCGUCCGGUAUCUGCACGCACUGGGCAUCACACACCGAGACCUCAAGCCUGAGAAUCUGCUCUACUACCACCCAGGCACUGACUCCAAGAUCAUCAUCACCGACUUUGGCCUGGCCAGUGCCCGCAAGAAGGGUGACGACUGCCUGAUGAAGACCACCUGUGGCACGCCCGAGUACAUUGCCCCUGAGGUCCUGGUCCGCAAGCCCUACACCAACUCAGUCGACAUGUGGGCGCUGGGCGUCAUCGCCUACAUCCUGCUCAGUGGCACCAUGCCCUUUGAGGAUGACAACCGCACCCGGCUGUACCGGCAGAUCCUCAGGGGCAAGUACAGUUACUCGGGGGAGCCCUGGCCCAGCGUGUCCAACCUGGCCAAGGACUUCAUUGACCGCCUGCUGACGGUGGACCCCGGCGCCCGUAUGACGGCACUGCAGGCCCUGAGGCAUCCGUGGGUGGUGAGCAUGGCAGCCUCUUCGUCUAUGAAGAAUCUGCACCGCUCCAUCUCCCAGAACCUCCUCAAACGCGCCUCCUCGCGCUGCCAGAGCACCAAAUCUGCCCAGUCCACGCGUUCCAGCCGCUCUACACGAUCCAACAAGUCUCGCCGAGUGCGGGAGCGAGAGCUGCGGGAGCUCAACCUGCGCUACCAGCAGCAGUACAAUGGCUGAGCUGCCAGGCUGGGGUGCAGACAUGGCAUGGCCCCAGCCUGGCCACACAUCGCUGUGCCAUCUGGGCCCACCGCCCUCUCUAGAGAUAGGUCUCUAUGGUCAGUGGUAGGUGAAUGGCCCCAGCCCCUUCUCUGUGCCUUCAGCAGUCCCCAUCUUCACCCUGGGCCUGAGUCUGGUGCGACAGAGUGGAGGGAGCCCUGGGGCGUACGAGCCCCCUGAACGGGGAGCCUGGUCUGGCACUAAUGCUCCUUUUGCUGGACAACUGCUCUGGUACAUAUUGGGGGAAGGGCAGGACCUGGCCUUCAGUCUCCUCACCUCUUGGCUCUUCCCUAGACCAAAUGAGCAUGCAGUGCCAGGUAGAGGGUGUCCUGUGGUCCCAGGACUCUUCGGGACAGUUAGUUCUGGAAUCCCCCCUUUCCUCUACCAAGCCUUCCUGUCUGCCCUCCCCCCGCCCCACAUUCCAUGGCGCCCUGAUCCUCAUGACUAUGCUCCAGUGCGAGGCCCGGGUAGGCCCACAGUUUGUGCCUUGGCUGGACUCUCAGCCCCUGGCUAAGUCUAAACAGCCUCCCACCUCCCAGCCAAGAUCUGUCUUCCUUCAUGGUGCCCCCAGGGACCCCUCCUGGCCCCAGGACUUGCCAGGAUCUCUGGUGGUAGGACCAUGGAAUGGUCCUUGGCCCUCUGGACUGUGUGGCCACGUUGGUAGCAGGCUUGCUCCAGGCUUCAGCCUCUCUCUGACUAUGAGAGUUCCUGCCCACCAGCCUGCUGCACUCAGUGCCUUCUUUAUAGAGCCUACUAUCACCUCCCUCUCCCCCUUGGAUGCCCAUUCUAUUCCCCAGGUGCCUCCUUCCCAACUGUGCGGGGUUAAAAGGAGCCCCACUGCUGCUACCUGGGGGAUGGGGGCACCUGGGCCAAAGCAAAGGGCAGGGGCUUCCGAGGGAGAGCCCCAUCAGGAUUCCAGUGUCAGCCUUGGUUCCACCCUUGGUGUUGCCUCUCCCUUCAGGUGCUGCUGUUCCCUCCUCUGCAGCUGCAUGAAGGAGCCAUCUAGCGUCUGGCAUGAGUAUGGGCGGCCUAGGAAUGAGCACCAUGCUCUCCCUUUAUCCUCCAAGAGGAAGUCGAAAGGAAGGAGCUGCUGCAUUGAGGGAGGGUCCCUGGGGUGCUCAACUCUAUCCCCUUCUGCUGAGCUUCUGCGCAGCUCCCUGGAACUUAGCCAUACUGUGUGACCUGCCUCUGAACCCUGAGUGCCUGGGGCACUGACCUUCUCACGGUGGCCUUGCUCAGUCCAGCAUGUCCCUGCUUCUUUUCACAGCAUUACCCUUCCAUUCUGGGCCCCACUGAAUCUCUGUCUGGAGGGAGCCCCUGCGAGAGGCGGGUGGAAUUGGGUGGCUGCUUUCCCAGAGGUCUGAGCCAGACCAUCCCGCUGUCAGUCAUGGUGCCUCCCCACCACCACAGACGGGGCUGGAACCCAAGCCCUGUCCCUCCACAGCUGCUUUCAGUGGGUGGGAAGGAGCCAGGGCCCAGCUUUAGCCUUAGCUGGACUGCAGGUCCCCUGCCAGCAGGGAGGGUUUGGCUCUCAGUUCCUCCCAGUGGGUUCCCUUGGGCUAGGCCCUCCUCUUUUUGCAUGUGCCACCUGCAGUGGGAAACCAAGCCAAAAGAGACCACUCUGGGCCAAGUCAUCCGUGCCUUGUACACCCCCUCCUUCUGUUUCCAGUUCCCCUAGCACAAGGCAGUGGAAAGCCCAAGCCCCAUGGCCUCAGAAUUCCCCCUACUUCCCCAAGUGCCUCUGGGGAUUUAUUUCCUCUUUUGGCCAGGAUGGGCCUGGUCCUGAAGGUAGGACGGAGGGAGUUUGGAGACUUGGGCCUUUAUGCCAUGGACUGUGGAUGGAGAAUGUGCAGUUAUUUAUUUUGUGUACUCAGUUUGUAAAUGUAUCCUUCGUACUCAAUAAACAGGCUGCCUUCCCCAGGGAAAGCUGCCCAUUCAUUCCGA